AAGGACAUCCUGCACGCCAAGUACGCGCUCCAGAUCGCCGUCAACUACAUGGACAUGGUCCGCAAGCUGCCGUCCGUGGUCCACGUGUCCACGGCGCUCGCGGGGAAGAUCACGGUCGUCGGCGACAUGCACGGCCAGCUCCGGGACCUCAUCCAGGUCUUCCGCCACAACGGCCUGCCGUCCUUCGACAACCCGUACCUCUUCAACGGCGAUCUGGUCGACCGCGGCGACUACAGCGCGGAGGUGACGCUGCUGCUCUUCGGCUUCGCCGUCGCGGACCCGGGGUCCAUCUACAUCAACCGGGGCAACCACGAGGACAUGACCGUGUGCACGGGCUACGGCUUUGUGGACGAGCUCGUGAACAAGUUCUCGCAGAACACGAACGGCCGCCACCUCCUCGCGAUCGUCGACACGAUCUUCUCGCUGCUGCCCCUGGCCCACGUCAUCGACGAGAACGUCGUCGUGAUCCACGGCGGCAUCAGCGACAAGUUCGACCUCGACAGGCUCCGGUCCAUCAACCGGCGGCUCUACCGGACGCUCACGGGGCUGCCGCAGGCCAUCACGCACACGCCCCACGGCCAGGACAAGGACGGCCACACGCACGAGGACUGGUCCGUCAUGAUGGACUGCCUCUGGAGCGACCCGGCGAAGAACGGCGAGCGGUUCCCCAAGGGCCAGCUCUGCAAGCCGAACGACGAGCGCGGCGGCGGCAUCAUGUUCUCCAAGGAGUUCUCCAAGAAGUGGCUCGACGACCACAAACUGGGCGUGCUCGUGCGGUCCCACGAGUGCCAGGACCGGGGCUUCUCCGUGACCCACGACGGCCGCGUCAUGACGCUCUUCUCCGCGUCGAACUACUACGGCGACGACGAGGAGAACGACGGCGCGGUGCUCGUGCUGUCGCCGCUCCAGGACCCCCCGGGCAAGCUGCUGACCUACUCGACGUCCUACAGCGGCGCGGGGGGCUACCAGAAGAUGAACAUCGCCCAGAGCGCGGCGAAGAUGGAGUCCGCGGCGCUCCAGCGCGUCGAGGUCGCGCUCCUCGACCACCGCCGCGAGCUCGUCGCGGGCCUCAAGGAGAAGGACGUGACGGGCUCCGGCGUCAUCAAGGCCGUCGAGUGGGCCGCCGUGAUGAACGCCGUCGUGCCCGUGAAGCUGCCCUGGCUCCACCUCAAGGAGAAGUUCGUGCACUGCAAGGGCGACUCCGUGACGUACACGUCGAUGACCGACAAGCUCGACGCGGCGUUCGGCGGCGGCGACGACGCGGGCGUGUCCUCCGAGACGAAGGAGAACCUGUACCGCGUCCGCGACGAGAUGUCCAAGCUCUUCCGCGUCCUCGACACGGACGGCUCCGGCGUCCUCGACCGCGGCGAGUUCGUCAAGGGCGUCGAGCUCAUCAACAGCCUCAACGAGCAGCAGAUCUUCAACCCCCAGGACGUCGACAUCUUCAUGAAGCAGCUCGACGUCAACGGCGACGGCAAGAUCUCCUUCAACGAGUUC